UCGGGGCUUUGUGCUUAUCCGCGAUCAGAUCUAAUUAACAAGUGUUUCGGCUACUCAAUAAUUUUCUGUGUAUACCCUCAUCUAAAAUACAGAUUCCAGAGCUUACAACUAAAUGGGCGCCACCGAACAGCAAGGCAACCAUGUGACCCCGCCCAGGGUCAACGGCUGGACCCCGCUCCUGCUGCUCAUCUGUCUAACCGUAACGCUGGGCACCACGGUUCCGGUGGGCUACUUCUUCGGGGUCCUCAAUUCGCCGGCGGAGAUCAUCAAGAAGUGGUGCCAGGACAUCCUUGCAACCGAAUACGACACCAUCGUCACCGCAGGCCAGCUGGACAUCCUGUGGACGAGCAUUGUGUCCAUCUACCUGAUUGGAGGCAUCUGCGGAUCCUGCUUCAGCGCUCUGCUUAGCGAUAAAUAUGGCCGCAAGGGUUGCUUGCUCAUCAGCGGGGUGCUCCUCGUGAUCUCCGGCAUCCUUUUCACCUGGUGCCGUGCGGCCAAAUCGCUGGAAAUGCUGAUGACCGGCCGUUUCCUGGGCGGCAUCGCCUCCGCCCUGAUCUUUACCGCUCAACCCAUGUAUCUGCUGGAGUCCGCUCCCUCAGAGCUCAGCGGCAGCGUCGGAGUGUUCACCUGCAUUGGUGUAACUGGGGGAAUCCUUCUCGCCCAGGUGUUCACUCUCUCCCACUUGCUGGGCAACGAGCGCCUGUGGCCGUAUGCUCUAAGCUCCUACAGCCUCUUGGUGAUGGCAUCGCUGCUGCUCCUUUGGUGGUUUCCAGAGAGCCCGCGAUGGCUCUACCUGCACAAGCGGGAUUCCUCGGCCAGUGAACAAGCUCUGCUCCGUUUGCGUGGAAAGAACACGGAGGAGGAAGUGCGGCAGGAACUGGCCGAGAUGAAGGCCACCCUGGAGGCCAAGACCAGCUCCGAAGCUAGUUCCUUGUGCUCGGUGCUGGGUGACAGGGAACUGUGGCUUCCACUUCUGUUGGUCUGCUCCUUCCAAGCUUCCCAGCAGCUAAGUGGCAUCAAUGCCAUAUUUUUUUACUCGCUCUCUAUUCUGACGAAUGCGGGCUUCUCAGAAGGAGCAGCCACUUGGUUGAACCUGGGAAUUGGGAUCUUCAAUCUGGGUACGUCUCUCCUGGGACCACUACUCAUCCACAGGUUUCCGCGGCGCCCUCUGAUGAUGAUUUCCUGCUCCACUUGUGCUCUGGCCCUGCUGGCCAUGUCCCUGGGACUCUUCUUUCUGGAGAAAUCCGGCAGCACGAUCCUCACCUACUUCUGUGCCGCCUUCAUCCUUACUUUCAUUCUGGGCUUCCAGCUGGGUCUGGGUCCCAUUGCGUACUUCAUUGGCUCAGAGCUUCUUGAGGACUCGCCUCGCCCUGUGGCCAUGUCGAUGGGCAGUCUGUUCUCGUGGAUCGGCAACUUCCUCGUGGGCAUGUGCUUUCCCCUGCUCCAGAGUGUCUGGAGCUCCUUUGCCUUCAUCCCCUGCAUGUGUGUGUGCCUCUACUGCCUGCUGCUCACCUGGCGCUACCUGCCGGAGACACGUGGUCGGGAGCCCAAGGACGUCAAGCCGCUGAUGAGCAAUGGCCUCGCCUCGAAGCGGAACUAAUGUGUCACAUUACCCAUUCGUAGAGAAUAAAACGAGCUGGACUUUCAUAGAAACUUUUGUACUUGGUUUCAAUUCAUUAGUGAGUAAAU